AUGAGCAGGCCAGCUGCGGACGAGGAUGGUGGAGCCACGUGUCGGCAAUGCCCGAGAUUCGUGCCAGCCUGCAGCAACUUCUCCAUCCAGUACAAUUACUCGUCCGCGAGUAUCGCUGCUGCCAUCAUGCUAUCCCACAAUGACACGAUCGGAGUCGGGGUCCGCCCAGACUUUCCGCAGCCAAAGUGGGUCGCACAUGGCCUUCUUGGAGCCGUGUUCAUCGGCUCGGUGGCGGGCAUGCUGACAAUGGGGUAUUUGGGGGACGUGCUCGGUGUCCGACCAGCAUUGAUUGUCACCAACGCACUGGCGGCCUUCGGUGCAUUGGCAUCGUCACUGCUCUCUUGGGGUUCGCCGGAGACUAUCUGGACCAUGAUAGCGGUGAGCCGGUUGGUCAUGGGGAUUGGCGUGGGUGGCAAUUACCCGCUUAGUGCUGCCAAGGCCGCUCAGCCAGGGAAAGGUGCCAGAGAGGUGAGUGCCGUAGAUGCAGCAAACAGUGCGGCGAAGGCAUUUUUUUGGCAGGGACCCGGGCAGCUGGCUCCUUACCUGUUGGCGCUGCCGUUGCUAAGCUUGCCUCCGAGUCAGGGCAUUACCUCGGUGCAGUUCCGGAUUCUGCUUGGCAUCGGGGCCAUACCAGCUCUCGUGGUCUUGCUAUGUUCCAUCUACGAGGAGGAGCACCACUCUGUGGCGCGGACGCCAGGCCGAGGAAACUUGGGUGACCCGCGUAACUGGCAGCUCCUGGUAGGAACGGCGGGCUGCUGGUUUCUCUUCGACAUUGCAUUCUAUGGCACGGUGAUUUUCUCCCCGGAAAUCCUCCUGAAGGUCUUUGGCAAGACAGAGUCACUGACCUCUUUGGCUGUGCAUGCAGCGGCCACGAUUCUGGUGACUAUUCUUGGCAAUGGGGCAAGCCUAAUGGCGCUACGCUGGAUGGGGGCCAGGACGCUGAAUACGGCCGGCUUCGUUGCCAGCUGCCUUGCAUUCUGUGCCUUUGGUCUAGCGUAUGCAUCGCGGCGUGACGAGCACGUGCUGCAGUACGUGCUGCUGUGCAUCGUGAAUCUGGCGCUCUCCAUGAACAACAUCUCCACGUUCAUGCUCCCAGUUCUGGCUUUCCCUCACAGCGUGCGAUCCACCUUCCACGGCAUUUCGGCUGCCGCCGCCAAGCUGGGCGCCAUGGUCGGGACGGUCCUCUUCCCCGCGCCCUGCGCCCAACGCGGCGAAGUCGGAUCCGGAGCCGCGCCAUGA